UUUAAGAAACAAAACGCCACUUUUUGUCCUCUGGAAACUACUCCUUGUUUUGUUUUUCGGCGAAGUUCAUUGCCCGGCGAUCUCUUUCUCCGGUGAAUCCUCAGCAAUAUCCUUCUCUCCGGCGACAUCGAGCUGUAAGUUCCGGUUGCUGUUUGCACCUGACUAAUAAUGGUAAGGCACAAGAAUUAUUCACCUCCACCUUAUAUUCCUCUGGAUCAGUCGGAUGCAGAAGUACCACAAGUUUCUACUGCAGAAGAAAUUCAACAGACCAAAAAAGAUGACCAUGCUCAGUGGAGUUCUGGAAUCUGUGCUUGUUUUGAUGAUCCACAGAGCUGUUUUAUUGGACUUCUUUGCCCUUGCUUUCUGUUUGGAAAAAAUGCGGACUUCUUGGGGUCAGGAACCUUGAUGGGAUCAUGUACAACUCACUUUAUUUUGUGGGCUUUUUUCAACACAAUUUGCUGCUUCUUAACUGAAGGCAUUCUUCUGGGUUUGCCUGGGUGCUUUGUUGCAUGUUAUGCCUGUGGCUAUCGAAAGACAUUGAGAUCAAAGUACAAUCUUCAGGAAGCUCCAUGUGGAGACUUCGCCACACACUUUUUCUGCCACUUAUGUGCCAUAUGCCAGGAGUACCGAGAGAUCCGUGAAAGAUCUGGAGAUUCGAACUCAUCUGAUCUUAGCUUAGUGGCAGUGACAGCCCCUCAAGUUCAGAAAAUGGAAACUCCUCCUGCAAACGAAUAGAUAGUCUGUUUCUACUGUCCGAAAAAUCAUUUUGCAAUGCUUCCCUUUUCCAUUAACUAGUCCCUCUUUGCAUUCUUUUGUUUUUGUGUUUUAUCGUCCAC